GUACACAUCUACUAGAUUGUGGCAACAACCACGGUGGGGACGACUCUGCGCCACCACCACAGCCGGUGGGACCGCCACUCCUUCACUAACUUUUCCACCCAACCCGAAACCGAAGCCAUUUUCAUUCCCCCCCUCCCUCUCUCUCUCUCUCUCUCUCUCUCUCUGUAACUCUCACUCGUACUCCGCUCUCCUUCUCUCUUACGCCUCCCAUCCCAUCCCCACUCACAGUCUCUCUCUCUCGUCUCAUUUUUCCACAUUUACAUCGAUCAGACUCCACCUGUGAUUAAAGUGCAGACCACUUCACUUAGCUUGUCAAGAAAUCAAUAUUCAUCGCCCUACUUUUUAGGUUUUCCAAUUCAUUAUUAUUUGACUCGCCUGUAUUCCAUUCCUUUAUUUUUACCAAUUCGGUUUGGGUUUUCUUUUCUAUGUGCUAGCUAUAUCUCCGUCCAUGUGGUGGGUUUUGGGUAUCUUGUAACGGGCAUUCGACAGUGGUACGGUACGGCCCUGAAAUAGAGGCGUUUUCGACUCAAUCGUGGGCCUUUUGAAAGGGUAACGUUCAGCUGGCUGCUUACAUUGAUUGGCAUUCUGAGUUUGUUUUGUCGAUUUCACGAUUUUGGUUUCGAUGGCUACCGGAGGAAGACUAGUUGCUGGGUCUCACAACAGGAACGAGUUUGUGCUGAUCAAUGCCGAUGAGAUAGGAAGGAUUAAGUCAGUUCGAGAAUUGAGUGGGCAAAUAUGUCAAAUUUGUGGCGAUCAUGUGGAGAUUACUGUUGAUGGGGAGCCCUUUGUUGCAUGCAACGAAUGUGCUUUCCCUGUUUGCAGGCCUUGUUAUGAGUAUGAGAGAAGAGAAGGAAACCAAGCCUGUCCUCAAUGUAAAACGAGAUACAAGCGCAUCAAAGGGAGUCCUAGGGUUGAGGGUGAUGAGGAAGAGGAUGACAUUGAUGAUUUGGAGCACGAGUUUGAUUUUAGGAAUCUUGAGGUUCUGGGCCCCCAGGCUGUAGGGAACUUUUUAUCUCCACACCACAAUAUUCCCCAUGGUGGAUCCCCUAAUUCAUCUGAAAUCCAUGUGCACUUGGACAACAAUUCUUCUUGUCCUCCUGAAAUUCCUCUACUGGCUUAUGAUGAAGAGGAUGUGGAGAUUUCUUCCAGUCAGCGUGCUCUUUUCAUUCCAUUUAUGGGUAAAGGGAAUGGAAGUUAUACACCCUCUUUUACUGAUCACACCCUCUCUCCACAACCCAGGUCAAUGGUUCCAGAAAAGGACAUAUCUGUAUAUGGGUAUGGGAGUGUGGCAUGGAAGGAGAGGAUGGAGGAAUGGAGGAGAAGGCAGAGUGAUAAACUUGAGGUGUUGAAGAAUCACGGAGGAAAUGGUUGUGGUGACUCUGAAGGGCAACCAGAUGACGCUGAUAUGCCAAUGAUGGAUGAAGGCAGGCAGCCAUUGUCAAGGAAGUUGCCCAUUUCCUCGAGCAAGAUAAGCCCUUACAGAUUGAUAAUUAUACUCCGUCUUGUGAUUCUUGGUUUCUUCUUUCAUUAUAGACUUCUCCAUCCAGUUAAUCGUGCAUUUGGCUUGUGGUUGACAUCAGUCAUAUGUGAAAUAUGGUUUGCUGUGUCAUGGAUUCUUGAUCAGUUUCCAAAGUGGUACCCAAUAGAGCGGGAAACAUACCUUGAUCGGCUGUCACUUAGGUAUGAGAAAGAAGGGAAGCCAUCUGAGUUAGCUGAUAUAGACAUUUUUGUAAGCACAGUCGAUCCUAUGAAAGAACCUCCACUAAUCACUGCAAACACGGUUCUAUCCAUCCUUGCGGUUGAUUAUCCAGUUGAGAAAGUUGCCUGCUAUGUCUCAGAUGAUGGUGCUGCCAUGCUUACUUUUGAAGCACUUUCUGAGACAUCUGAAUUUGCUAAGAAAUGGGUUCCAUUCUGUAAAAAGUUCAACAUUGAGCCUCGAGCACCAGAAUGGUAUUUUUCGCAGAAGAUUGACUACUUGAAACACAAAGUUCAUCCAGCUUUUGUCAAGGAACGGCGUGAAAUGAAGAGAGAAUAUGAAGAAUUUAAAGUUCGGAUUAAUGCACUGGUUGCCAAGGCACAAAAAGUUCCUGAGGAAGGUUGGACCAUGCCAGAUGGAACUCCCUGGCCUGGGAACAAUGUCCGUGAUCAUCCUGGCAUGAUCCAGGUAUUCCUUGGCCGUGAUGGCGUUUGUGAUGUGGAAGGAAAUGAAUUACCUCAUUUGGUUUAUGUUUCCCGUGAGAAAAGGCCAGGGUUUGAUCAUCAUAAGAAAGCUGGGGCCAUGAAUGCUUUGGUGAGGGUUUCAGCAGUCAUCUCAAAUGCUCCAUAUCUUUUGAAUGUUGACUGUGAUCACUACGUUAACAAUAGCAAGGCAAUUAGAGAAGCCAUGUGUUUCAUGAUGGACCCCAAUUCAGGAAAGAAAGUGUGCUAUGUGCAAUUUCCACAACGAUUUGAUGGGAUUGAUCGUCACGAUAGAUAUUCAAACCGAAAUGUUGUAUUCUUUGAUAUCAACAUGAAGGGAUUAGAUGGUUUGCAAGGACCAAUAUAUGUUGGAACAGGCUGUGUUUUCAGAAGGCAAGCACUUUAUGGAUAUGAUGCGCCUGUAAGGAAGAAAACCCCUGGAAAAACCUGCAACUGCUGGCCAAAGUGGUUCUGUAUUUGUUGUGGGUCCAGAAGGAUAAAGAAAGGAAAAUCAAAGGACAGGAGGAGGAAAAUAAAGCAUAGGGAAGGAUCAAAGCAGAUACAUGCACUUGAAACCAUUGAAGAGGGAAAUGAAGGAAUAAAUUCAGAAACUUCGACCCAUGUGAAACUUGAGAAGAAGUUUGGGCGAUCUCCUGUAUUUGUAGCCUCCACACUACUAGAGAAUGGUGGUCUUCCUCGGGAUGCCAGCUCAGCAGCACUCUUGAAAGAAGCCAUUCAAGUAAUUAGCUGUGGAUAUGAAGAUAAAACAGAGUGGGGAAAAGAGGUUGGCUGGAUAUAUGGUUCUGUGACAGAAGAUAUCCUAACAGGAUUCAAGAUGCAUUGUCAUGGUUGGCGUUCUGUCUACUGUAUGCCAAAACGGCCUGCGUUCAAGGGCUCAGCUCCCAUCAACCUGUCAGAUCGUCUUCACCAGGUUCUUCGUUGGGCCCUGGGAUCUGUUGAGAUUUUCCUGAGCAAACACUGUCCUAUUUGGUAUGGUUAUGGUGGUGGAUUGAAAUGGUUGGAACGAUUCUCCUAUAUAAACUCAGUCGUCUAUCCUUGGACUUCCAUUCCAUUGAUUGUGUACUGUACCCUGCCAGCCAUCUGCCUUCUCACUGGGGAAUUCAUUGUUCCUGAGAUCAGCAACUAUGCUAGCAUAGUCUUUUUGGCCCUCUUCAUGUCUAUUGCUGCGACGGGUAUCCUUGAAAUGCAAUGGGGUGGUGUUGGAAUAGAUGACUGGUGGAGAAACGAGCAGUUCUGGGUGAUUGGAGGGGUUUCGUCGCACUUCUUUGCUCUCUUCCAGGGUCUACUUAAGGUUUUGGCUGGUGUCGACACUAACUUCACCGUCACGUCCAAAGGAGGAGGAGAUGACGGGGGAUUUUAUGAGCUUUACGCCUUCAAGUGGACAUCGCUGUUAAUCCCACCCACAACUUUGUUGAUAAUAAACAUAGUCGGGGUGGUGGUUGGAGUCUCAAAUGCCAUCAAUAAUGGAUAUGAUUCAUGGGGGCCAUUGUUUGGUAGGCUAUUCUUUGCCCUCUGGGUCAUUGUCCACCUCUAUCCUUUCCUGAAAGGGUUACUUGGGAAACAAGAUAGGAUGCCAACAAUUGUCUUGGUUUGGUCGAUUCUACUGGCUUCCAUAUUAACCCUAUUAUGGGCCCGAAUCAACCCGUUUGUUUCAAGAGAAGGUCCCGUGCUCGAGAUUUGCGGAUUGAAAUGUGACUAGGAAAGAUGUAGGAACAAAUUUAAGUUUAGGAAGGUGUCUGUCUUAGACUGUGGCGGGUGACCCAUAUCCAGAUCUAGAUGGUUCGAAGCAUCAUCCUAGCUGUAGCUAGCAGCAUUUUGUUUUUCAUGAGCAAAGAAAAGCAUCAGCAUUGACAUCGACAUGUCGUGUCGUGUGGGAGAAAAUAAUUAAAUUUGCUAGAGUUGUGUAAAUUGGGGGGGGGGGGGGGGGGGGUGGUGUGUAUAUGUUUUUGUUUCUUUUCUAGCCGUUCCAUUAAUUCUUUUAUUAUUAUUAUUAUUAUUAUUGAAAUACCUUUAGUUUUGGGCUUUCUGGUCAUUUUUAUUAUUAUGUAUUUUAAUUUUGAUUAGUGGACACCAGAUUAGAUCAUCCAUCAAUCAUCAUCAUAUCUUAAGGUACAUAAUUCCUUUUUGUUGGUCCUCAAAUAAUCUGUAUUUUGUUUCUUUGUAUUGACGAAGACAAGUAGACGUAGUUGGGAGCAUUGCAGGUGCAUGAGGAUGCGUUCAAUGCAUUGCUUUCUGCCUUUCUAUUUGUGUUAUUUUUGUUCCAUC